AUUUGAUUGUUUUUAAAUAUUAGCGUAAACAUAAACAUUACACAGUACAUCUUUGAUCACUGAAAGAGGUAGUCAAUGAACAAGCCUGAGUAUUUGUGAAGCUCAGGUAUGGGGUUCUUUUUAAUUUGCCUCUGGUUGGUUGCAACUGUUGGCUCUCAGAAACUGCACGAGCAAGAAUCUACCACAACAACCACAAGUACAACAACCCUCUCCCCUUUAGCACCUUUGGACAUGAAACUUGUCUCCUUUGAACUGAACAAUAUGUUUUAUGAAAGUUUUAAUGAUUACAUGACAUCGGAGGUGAACAAGAAAUAUUUUCCUCUCGAUAAAUGCAAAGAUAUUAACCUCAAGAUGAAAAGGCCUAACUAUGAAUCUCCGUAUGUCGAUAUAAGAAGUUCAAUUGAUGAUUAUGUUUCAACGUACCGCGGAUUUAAUCCUAUGUCUAAAGAUGAACUGACCCUGCUUCUACUGGAUUUUACUCAUCAAUUAUCCAAUAAAAGUGUUGUAUUUGACACCGAUAUCCGGAACUGGAAUAAGUUUCUCUCCAAACCAAAGUCUACCAAUGAAUUAUCCUAUGUUCCUCAAACCUGGAGAAAUCUGCUAUUCCCCCAGGUGUACAAGGGUGUCUACUCCACUCCUGAGGACUGGGCUAACAAGGUCGAGAAGGAGGAAAACAACAUCUUCCUGUUCUACAAUGCGGCUGGUUCUGUAUAUAAUUCUGUCAGAGAUAACAAUCUGAUGGCGAGCUACUUGAAUAUCUUUGCGAGGAAGUUGGCAAAGUCGUCCAGCAAGAUUCUGAGGAACGAGUUGGGGAACUUGAUAGGAUACAGAUGGCAGAUGGACAAGAUGAAAAGUUCUCUCUUCUCGUUUGAGAGUUUGAUUCACUUACCAGUCGAGGAUAUUCUUAUGAUUGACAAUCAGACCUUUAAGGAUAUGCAGCUCGCUCAAAAGUUGAGCACAAGUGGAGAUCUUCUGGAUUACACUACUCCAGGGGGACGGAUGGCUUGGUAUAUUCUGGCACAGAGAAACUUGGGUGAUCAGAAGAUUAUUGAAUCGAAGGCGUUCCUCAAAUCAAUUAUAUCUGUGGUUCCCCUUGACAAGAUUCCAUCAAUGCUUGAGAGUUUAUCUCCUGCUGAUAGAUCUGGGUUAGCUAGGCUGGACUUGAACCCUUUAAGAAUCCAAGUUAUCUGGAAUAUGCUGGGCACUAAUGUACCAUUACCUGUGUUUGACGACAGUGUGGUCCAGCCCUUGUCUCAACUGUUCUUCGAGGUUGGAUACAAGUUGGAUAUUGAGCAGAUAGACAACUUUUAUAAGUUGAGCUUUAUACCUCAGCACAAUGGUUGGAAGAAGCUAGAUCCUAUAUUCUGGUUGGGAGAUGAUGUUCCUUUCUCAAUUCUUAGAUAUUUUAUCUCUAAGCAUCUUCCCACAAGUCCGAAGGCUACCUAUGGCAUGGUGGAGGUCAUGGGUGUCGGUAAACUUAUUAACUCUUUCUCAUUCAGCGAUUUAAAAGCUAUUCCAGCCAAGGUUUUUAAAUCUUCUGUGACCUCUGAAUUGCUCUCGGAUAAGCUUACCAAUGGACAACUUUACAUAAUUCACGAUAAAACUCAUGAGGCUGAAAAGGGAAAUAAAUUCACACUUCCUGCUGGGUUAUAUCCUGCACUUUCUUCUAAAGUUUUGAGCGGUCAGGCUCUCACGUAUAUGACUUCGAUAAGUUUUAACGAGGACAUGAUUAAAGCAUCUGCAAGAUUUACACCAGCUCAAACUGUAGCUUUGUUAUCCUCUCACAAAUCCAAGAUCUGGGAACAGGUUGACUCGGUUGUUAAGUAUAAUCCUGGUCUAUUUGAGUAUUUUACUGUGCAAGAGUUGAAAAAGAAGAUUCAACAUUUGCUCAAUUCGACCAGUCGGGACAUUAACAAGUUGUCAAUGAGAUUAAAAGCUGCUUGGUUAGAACUAGCUAGUCCAGUCGAUGAAAAUGGAUAUAUCAACAGUGACUUGCUUCUGAAUCGUGUGUCUAUCUCUGAAAAGGGUCCUUCAUCCCUCCUGCCUUAUUUAGCUCUUUCAGGUUUGACCUGUGAUCUAAUUUCCAAGAUUCGACCAGGAGAAAUUAUUGAAGUCAUCUCUGCGUAUAGACCUACAGUUACAGACGUUGUUCCCAGUUGUAUCCGGAAAUGUUUUGCAGCGGCAGUAAGGAAGUAUUUAACUCUGAAGGCAGAAUUGUAUCGUAUUCAAGUGAAUGGCGAAGUCGAACUUUUGUCUCUUCUCACCGCGGCGGAAAUUAGAUCUAUUGGGGCGGAAAUUAUGCUGACUUGGGGUGGAGAAACCUUGGCUUCCAUUACUCACCCUAAGGUUAUGAUGGAAGUUCUAAUUAUGAUAUCCAAUGAGGCUCCUCAUAUUUAUCUUCACAAUGGAGUGUCCUAUUCUGAUAUGGAGCUUAUGGCUAAUGUACUGUUGAAUUCUCUUGUUGAAUCGGAAAAAGCUAUUGUUGAUAUUGGCGUCAUGAGCAAGAUGAGAGAUUUGUUCCCUUACUUAAAACAUGAAGUUGAUGUUUCUGGAUUAGAUUUCAGAUGGUUCAUUGAAACUGUUCAUCGUAACACUGAUGAUUCAAGAGCACUAUGCAUUCCAACUAGACAGCGAAAUAUUAUUAGAAAUUACAUUUUGAAGGCUUAUGGCCAUCCUUCCAACUGGACUAGCAUGGAUCUGUUCUAUUUGGGAGAUUUUCUGAUUGUUAUGUCUGAAGCUGAUCUUGUGCAGGUCCCUGUUAAAGCAUUACGAACGGUUGUUCCACAGCUUGUGAAAGAAUCUCUUUAUGGGGAAGAAUUGCCAGAAAUUAGAGGUCAUACAGAUCACAGGCUUUACUACGAGGCUUGUGCAGCAUUUCUUAAUGAUGGAGAAAGCUUGGACUUCGGAGAGGGCAAAUUGUUUAUCGAGGCUUGGGGCAAGCUUGCAAUGUGGCAUUUGAGCGGAGUUAAUGAAAUUUCUUCCUAUAAUUCGAUUCAACCCAGAUAUUCGGGGGCACGGAAUCUGGUUCCUGAGUCACGAGGCUACACGCGCUUUUAUCGGUCAGUUGAUAAUGAAUCUGUGUUCCGUGUUACGCGGCAAGCCAAAGAACAGCUGGAAACUGCGCCAAAGAUUGAUUACAGGCUUUUGCACGAUAAGGUAAUGGAUAUUCUCAUGAAACGGUAUAAGAGCUUGCCGCCUAAUAUCAGUGAUCAAGCAGUCACUGUUAUCACGAGAACUCAAGAAUUGUUGGGCAAUGGCAGUCUCAGAAUUUUAGGUAUUAAUCCAACUAAAGGUAUGUGGAACCAAACAGUUGUGCUGAAAACUAUCACUGAUUUCAAGGCUGCGAGGAAUCUAACCCAGGCGCAGGAACAAGGGAUAACACAGCUAGCCCUGGAUGCGCAGAUACGUCUGAUACAAGAACUGGUAAAGCUGCUGAAAUUAAGUGCAUCUGAAUUGGGAAUUUCUGCUGAAAUGAUCAACCAAGUCAAUUCUAGAGUAACUUUCAAGGAAGUUGAGGCUUACAUGGCAACUGCUAAAUAUACCUCUCCUGAAAAUGUAACUGCACCCCCUACCAUUGUUCUUGUGGACGAAGAAGAGUUUCUUCAGAAAGAAAUCGAAAGUUUCUCGCCAACUCCAACUACAAAGCCAGUUGUAAUUGUUCCACAUUCUGUUCUACUACACCUGGAUGAUAUCUCAUUAACUUGCGAUGACCUUAAGACUGCCGGACGUUCAGCAGCCAUGAUUCGUAGCGAUGAUAUAGGUAGAAUGAACAAAACCGAAGUUGCCGAUUGUUUGGAGGUUUUUGGGAACAUGGACAUUCUGGAAUCUUACAGACCCGAGAUUUGGGCUGCUAUUCGUAAGAAACUGUAUCCUGAUGGAACUAAAAUAACAGGAGGAGAGAUGAUUAAUUUGAAUAAGCUUCUGGGGGAAGUAGCAAGGUUUAAUCCCCAAUAUCUCAACCUUGAUCAAAGCAACAUUGAUGCAAUCUCUGUACUAGGUAAACACUCAGACCUUCUGAUCCACGAGUACUUAAAGGUUAAUAAUAAGGUCGUCUUGAACGAACUUGAGCUGGCUUCCUUGGGACGAAUGUUGUGCGGACUAACUGCCGACGAAUGGCUGAGUUACGUAAACAGACAAACCUUCACUAAGGUUAUGAUGCCUAGUCUGGCUAGACUUAACUGCAUGGCGGAUGAGAAGGUUCGUGCUUUGCUGUAUACCUACAUCAAACCUUCUUUGACAGAAUUUAAUCUGAAUGUAGCUCAGCGAACUUUGACUGAGUCGGUCAGCUCCGUGAUAGAGUUGAACUGGUUGAUGGGUGUACUACCCGAGGAGCAUCUCAACAGAUUAUCUUCAACCAUGAUGAGCCAUGUUUCUGAUUCUGCAGUCCGAAUAAUCCCAAGCUUGAACAACGUGUCGGCUGAUCUUCUUUCAAACUUGUCUCCUCAUUCAGCAAGCAACCUGGAGGUGCAUCAGUUCGGAGAAUACCUAGAGUUGCCCAGGAGACGAGCUGUUCGUGCAGCAGGAGGAGAGGAUCCUGUUCUCCGCAGUGUGCUCGACAAAUAUGAUCUCAAGGUUGCUGAACAAGAUGCUGAAAGAUCUCCUCGUUCUGAACUUGAACCUGAACCCGAAUCUGAGCCGGAAACCGAUUCUAAACACAGUUCUGAUUCUUUGUCUGGUCUUAAUUCUGGUUCGAGCCAAAUUCUUGCUUAUAGCUCAGUUUUAUUUUUUUGUAUGAUUUUAGCUUUUUAAUCUUAGUCUAGUAGAUUUAUAAUGACUUGAUGUGGUUUUUAUAUUUAAAUUAUGUAAACUAUUUAUACUAUUUAUACCAUGUGACUAAAAUAAAAUUUUAGUAACCUUU